AUGGAUUCGAGUAAAAAUGAUAUCACUUUUUCUGGCUGCAAAACUUUUGCUUCAUGCUGCCGGAAGAAUUUUAAUCUGGAGAUAAGUUGUCAUACCUUUCUCCACCUUAGUUUAAAAAAGAGGUGUCAUGAAUCUCAGUUUCAGAGUGGAUGUCUUCUUGGAAAAUUUCAGCAUUGGAGAAUGAAGCAUAAUUUGUGCCAUGACUUCCCGCAUCAAUAUCAGGUACCAUGGAGUGAUCUGAGACUCCAACAACCUCUUCGGAUUGCAAAAAUUCAACUAGUGCUGGAUUCUUCAUUUCUGCUGAAGCAGCUUCCAUCUGGAUUUAAGCUGUAUUCUUGGAAAUUAAUGGUUGUUCAUUUAAAUAGAAAUUCUGUCUGCCUGAUGGCAUAUAACUUGAAAUUGUCCUUGGAUGGUGAAUGGUGGCAUCAUGUUCAACUGUCAUGUAAGAUAGUUCAUAAGCAAAAGCGCCAAUGUUCUGUACUUGGUGUUUCAACUUCAGCUACUUUCUCAAAGAUAAUUUCUUCAUCUGCCAUUCAUCUCGUUCAUCUAGGCAUGCCAUUCAGCAUUUCAAGAUUCUUAUUGCAACCACAUAUAAAUACAAGAACGCCUCACAUCUGCCGAUCCAAACUUUCACCUGCCGAGGAAUGUCCACCAGUAGCUAUCACUUUGGUCCAUAUACCAUUUUCAAGAUCUAGAUAUAAACAUCAUGAUAGAGGUUAUGUUCAUCAGAGAAACCACCAAAGAGAAAUAAGCUCUAGCAGAAAGAAAUUGGUGUACACCCACCUCGAGGCGGUACAUGUGCCCAAGGCAUUCAACCUUGCACACAACACAAGAAUAUCAUCAAAUAUGUGGACAUGUGAAAGAUGGCAAUCAAAUGAAUCUUCACCUCUACUCGCAAUAAUUUUGUACCUCCAAGAUGAGCAGGUGCUGCAUUUGGUAAGUGUAAUGGAAAAUGGAGGUGCCAAAAAUGCUAUAGCAGGAAGAAUAUCUGUUGUUGGUAUGAGAGGAUAA